AGUGACUAAGACUUCUCCUCUGCUGCCCAUGGUGCAGGGAUAGCUGCCGUCUUCAGUCAACCCAAAGCUCUCCAAAGAGAAGGCUGGCUCUAGACAGGUGGUAUAUACAUGAUAGUAGAGUAACUGGCCAACUGCUUCUUGUGCUUAUAUUUAUUAUUUUUUUUUCUUACUCUGCAUUUUUUGAUUGUUUGUAUAUUUGAUAACCUGAGAGCGUUGAAGUUCUGAAAUUUUAUUUUAUUUUAAUGUUCUAUUUCUCUUUAACUGUUAUAAUCUGGUGUGUUUCUUAUAUGAUAAAGCGAAUUAAGGUGGGGUUUAAAUCUUUAAAAGGGAUGAAUUAACAACAAAAAAAAUGAAUAGUUUGAAAGAUACAAUUAUCUCAAAUGUUUAAAUGAAAAAACUAGUACGUGUGUGAAGCUUGGACACAAGAUGUGAUAUUUAGAGACACUUCCCAGAAGCAUUGCAUGGAGCAGUGGAAUGGGAGUUCUGGACUGCCAGGAAUCUGCUGGUUAUGGAGGGAGGGAAUUACCCCAGUUGAGAAAGGGGUCAGAUGUUACAAUAACACAUCUUUGUGCUCGUGUUUGUUACUUCCAGUACCCAAAAACUGGUGGGUAUCCAGUAUAGCUGGUUUUUUGAAAUGUGCAUUUUUACAACAUUACCUUUUUCUUAAGCUAUUGUGACAAGGAUUCAUUUCCUCCUGUGUCUGACUGAGCCCACAGGGCAGAUGUGCAGAGGCCAAACUUGGAAGCUGGCAUGGUUCUCAAUUUGGCAAAUCAGAAAAAAAAAGCUUCCAAAUGUUCCAAGCCACCCUUUCCUUUAUCACUCCUUUGGCCAAAAGGUUUGUGCUCUCUUUGUAGUGAGACAAGAGCAGGUUUAGAAGUUCCUUUCUCCCAGAAAGAUGAGCUGAUGGCCAAUGUUGCUUUUUUGAGGGCAGCAGUUGCUGUUUGUGUAAACAAGAAUUGAGGACAGCUGGGGCAGGUGGGAGUUGGAAACUCCUGGGAUUCCAAUCCCUGCUCUCUGUCCUUGUAAACAUUGCAGGUGCCUGGCCUGUGGUCUCUGCUUUGGAUAUCUUGGGGUCAGUGAAUCCUUGUAUACUGGGUACCCACAUGGUUAAUUAUUACCUUAAAGUAUUAUUUUAAGGACUUUUAUUAUGUCUGGAUUUAGUUUCUCUCCAUCUGAUACUUUAUUGACAUAUGUGCUCCCAAGUCUAGAUCUUCUAAAGCACAUCAGCUGACAGAUUCACAGGAAUUUGCUUUGUGUAUUUAAGAUUUAACAGCAUAAUGCUUCAUUGUACUGACUGGAAUAUGUGCAAUAUUUUACAGUUUUCUCAUUCUGUGAAUAUUCAUUUUAAGCAACCUUACUGAAAUGGGACAAUUUGGAAACCUUAUUUCAUGUGCCAAAGAGGAGAUCUGCCUGAGUACUGACUGUUCUCCUGAACUGAUGUUCCCAAACACCCUGAUUUCUCCUAUGGCUGACUUUUUGCAUCAAAAAGAAUUCUCUUCUGGAUGGAAACGGACCCUUAAAUGCCACUGGAAGUUGACCUGUGCUGAAGAGGACUGCAUUUCAUGGGAGAACUGCUCCAGGAGCUGCAGCUUUUGCCAGACACCUGGUUCUGCCCUAUUGCAGGGGAACAUGUGAACCUAAAAAUUCUAUAACUGAGUAUUUCUGAGCACACUGAACUACAUGAACGACAGCCUGAGAACAGAUGUCUUUGUGAGGUUCCAGCCAGAAAGCAUUGCCUGUGCCUGCAUUUACCUGGCAGCCAGGACACUGGAGAUCCCACUUCCAAAUCGCCCACAUUGGUUUUUACUGUUCGGAGCAACUGAGGAAGAAAUUCAAGAAAUCUGCUUAAAAAUCUUGCAGCUCUACACAAGGAAAAAGGUGGAUUUAUCUGAUCUGGAAAGUAAAAUAGAAAAGAAGAAAUUGGCUAUUGAAGAGGCAAAAGCACAAGCUAAAGGUCUGGUACCUGAGGGAGUUCCAAGCUUGGAUAACACAUCGGGAUUUUCCCCUAUCCCAAAAAAUGAGUCUCCAAAAGAGGUUAAAGGAAAUAAACCUUCACCGCUACCUGUGCAGGCCAUGAAGAAUGCUAAAAGGAAAACAGAGGGAGCCAAGAGAACCAGCUCCAACAGCCCAGUGAAUGGUGUCCAGAAAGGAAGAGAGAGCAGAAGUCGAAGUGGAAGCAGAGAUCAGAGUUACUCAAGGUCACCAUCGAGGUCUGCAUCCCCUAAGCACAGGAAAAGCGAGAGUUACUCCACGUCCAGCGGCUCCAAGUCGCACAGCCGCUCGCGGAGCCGCAGCGAUUCCCCCCCGAGGCAGUUCAACCACAGCUCCUCGGCCUACAAGGGCUCCAAGGUGCGGAGCUACAAGAAAUCCAAGGACUACAGCAAAUACUCGGCGCACAAGGCGCGCAAGUCGCGCUCGCGCAGCUCGUCCCGCUCGCGCAGCCGCUCCCGCGAGCGCUCCGACCACUCGGGCAAGUACAAGAAGAAGAGCCACUACUACCGCAACCACCGGCACGAGCGCUCCCGCUCCUACGAGCGCGCCGGGCACCGCUACGAGCGCGAGCACCCCGGGCACAGCCGGCACCGCCGGUGAGCCCCGGGCUGCCCCCCGGGGGGGAUCGGCGCUGCUGAGCCCCCAGAGCUGCUCCCGGGGGGGAUCGGC